AUGCCCUACGACAUACUCUUUGAGCUGUUGAGUUAUCUUUCUGCUAUCGAGUUUUCAUCGCUGCUCAGUUGCUGCAAGCCCCUGCAUCGAUACAUGCGGGAACCCUCGAUCUGGCAGCGUCUCUCAGCCCAUUACGGUUUGCGAGAUACCACCUACUUUCAUGGACUAUCCUUCUACAUUUUAUACACGCGGCUUCUACAUCCUUACGGGCCUUUAAUCGGCCUGUGGGCAAGCGAUUAUCCAUACAGUGGCCAUAUCAUGGAGUUUCGCCUGCUCGUUGGCGACGAGGACGAACAGGGCGGGAUUGUCGGAGAUGCCUGGGAUUUUUCAAGCUCACUUGCAGUUCAUCGCAUUCCCCGUCAGCCGACCUAUACACGCAAGCUAAAGAUCGAAUUUGCGGUUGAUGGCGAUGGGGAGGGCGUUUCUGUUACUGAGUUAGAGCCGCCAGUGGCUUUGAUUCGCACCUACUGUCGCAGCACACAUCGGGUCGGCAGCAAGGAGCAUCAUGAUGCGAUGAGACACUGUGCCAAGCUUGAAGUAUGUCCAUCUUCCUAUCAAGGGCAUUACCUUCAGCAUUACCGCCGCACCUUUCCACAUCCUGAUUUCCCAUCGGAGGACGCAGAUUGGCAGGAUGAUGAACGCGAUUCCCACCGCUUGAAGCCUUGCAUGCCGACCACUAUCGAUCAGCGCGAAGUCGUGCGUAUAUACCCUGCUGUCCGUCUUCCCAUCGUUUUCACUGCUCCGACUGCCUGCCUCAAGCCCCGAUCCAUCUCAUUUCGUUGCCUCGACCAAGGAUGUACACAGUUCCAAUCUACAUCGCUGCCCUUCGACAACCUCUCUCCAAUUCUUCUACGGUACUAUCCACUCAAGCAUCUUAUACAAAGUGGAGUAGAUCCCAGUGAUGCGCAAUGGUCCUUGCAAACAUUGGCUGGUCUUUGGCUGGGCUGCUAUGGCCUGAGCGGGACGGAAUGUUUGCACCUUGCAUGGGUGGAGGAACGUGACACGUUGGAGGCUUUCAAGAUCACCGGCGAUGUGCAUGUCCCGCGUGGAGCGCGCACAUGGAUCAUUCCGGCACACUUUGACGGUUCACACUCUCUCGCGGCGGACGCGACGCGGUUCGAGUCGCAGUCUAAUAUUGAGCGGCUGUUCGUGGAUACCGGAUUCAUAAGUGAGCGAGGAUUUCUAGACAUCAGAGUUCGCCUAUUGAUAGGUGUCACUGGAGCGGACGAGCUCCAAAUUUGGUGGGAUAUCAUCAACGAGGUCAGACGAUACAUCCGCUACAAAGGUCGUGAUGGUAUGUCGUAA